AUGUCUUCACCAACAUCACCAGCAACAGCAUCCACAUCUUCAGACACGCUCUCUCUGUCGUCGUCACGCUCAUCCACAAAGUCAAACAUGCACAUCGCCAUGCCCGCACAAACCGACUUCAGCAACCCCGGCGGCGUUGGCAGCAACAGCAGCAGCAGCAACCCAACCUACGUGACCGCGUCGAUGCCCUCACCAGCACAGAACCCUCACAACACAACAUGGGGUUCUCCAUCGCCAUCUCACUCUCCCUCUUCUCACCGUCACCACCACAUCCACAUCCCGACACCCCACCCCCUGGCAGCAGCAACAUCAUUCCUCGACAAGCACGUCCCACUGUUCUCGAAGCACCACAACGAAUUCAGCGUGAACCACGAAGCGCGGGCCGCACGCCGUGAAGCCCGCCGCAGCCUCGUCGUCGACGCCAUCCCUGAGGUGGACGUCGAACAUCUACCGGCCCCGCCCAGCAACAGCAACAGCAGCGGCGGUGUGAUCGCGACGGCCAUCCACGCCGCCACCGCGACCGGCGCCGGGCCCGCGCUCGCUGACUCCCGCGCCGCGGACAAUGCCGCCUGGAGAGACAUUUUGGCCAAGCGAGAGGCCGCUAGGCGGAGGGCCGGGUCUGAUGACAUGCAAAUGCACCGCUCGAUCGCAGAGGAGGGCAGCGACGAGGAUUCCUCCUCCCGUGGCUACAAAGGCUCGCCGGCUAUAACGCCUUGA